UUCUACUUUACACAUUGCAUUCCGUAAAUUUGUGAGCGAUGAAGAAAACGAGGCAGUUUUCUGACAGCUGUUCUUCGGUUAUGUUCGUGAUGUUUGUGAUGUCGUGUUUCUUGGUUCUCUUUAGUUAUACGGACAGUUUGUCGCACGUAAAUAAUGCCCUUCGAAUUCAAAACACUUUCUUUUCCGAGGCAGAAAACGAUGAAUUUGAAGUUGUACGUUACACUUGGAAAUGUGAAAGUAAUAAGUGCGUCAGGUACCAUACUAAUACACAGGAAGUUUCUCUAAACACAUGUAACAUGAUGUGCUCGCAACCCUCGCUUUGGCCAAAACCUGAGAAAGUUAUAGUCACAUAUAAGAAUUCUACAGUUAUAGACAAGACGAGAAUCUCGUUUAAUUUUUCGACACAAUGGCAAGUGUAUAAUAUGUUGAUAAACACGACUGAUUUGUUCAAAAGAAAUCUUGAACUGUUGAAACCCGGGAAUCAAACUACACCUAGAGCUACUUUACAUAUAAUCAUAAGUAUCCAGGAUACGACUACUGAUAAAUUAAAAUUAGGCACAAACGAAAAAUAUCACUUAGUAGUUGAAAAUAAUGAUAAUUUAGAAGCGGUCAUUGUGGCUGAAACUUACUUCGGGGCGAGACACGCACUCGAAACUCUUUCACAGUUGAUUUGGUACGAUGACGUCAUUGAUGAAUUAAGAAUACUUCACAAUGUUGACAUAAUAGAUUCUCCAAAGUUUCCCCAUAGGGGUGUGAUGAUCGAUACUGCUCGAAAUUAUUUUCCUCUUGAUUUAAUUAAAAAAGUCGUUGAUGGAAUGGCAAUGUCAAAGUUAAAUGUUUUACAUUUACACGUCACUGAUGCAGUGAGUUUUCCUAUUGUUUUACCAAGAGUUAAACAACUUGCUGCGUUUGGUGCCUACGGCCGUGACAUGAUUUACUCUCCUGAAGACAUAAAAAACUUAGUGCAGUAUUCUCUUACAAGAGGUAUCAAAGUUUUGUUAGAAGUGGACGCUCCUGGUCAUGUAAAUGCAGGUUGGAAUUUUGCUGGAGAGAGUUUAAACAAGAAAUACGUGAUUUGUGGAGAAAGUGAUAUUUUGAACGGACAUCUAAACCCAGAUAACGACGAAGCAUUGUUAGUAUUGGAGGACAUAUACAACGAUUUAUUGGAACUGAGUGGAUACAAUGAGAUGUUUCAUAUGGGUUCGGAUGAGGUGAACUUAACUUGUUGGAAAGGCACACAAGCCGUGAAAACUAAGAAGGCAGAAAAUUCUAUGAAGCAAUUUUGGGCAAGCUACACAAAUCAAAUGCUAGAACGAUUGAAAAUAGCAAACGAUGGACGUUACCCUGAUCAUAUCAUAAUGUGGUCCAGUCCUUUAACAGAAUCUUCAGAACUAGAUACCCUAGAUGUUAAAGUCACCAUCCAGCACUGGCUUGGUAAUCCUAGUUCAAUUCUCAGAAGAGGUCAUAAAGUGAUCUAUUCAACAGUAGGCCAAUGGUACUUAGAUUGUGGCUUUGGCAUGUGGAAACCUAGUAUGACAAGUGGCGUUUGUGAUCCUUAUACGCCUUGGCAAAAAUUCUAUAAACACAGACCGUGGGUAAUCAACGGUUAUCGGGAACUAGCUCUAGGUGGUGAAGUUUGCCUCUGGACCGAAGAAGUCGAAGUCGACUCUCUAGAAACUCGAAUAUGGCCGAGAUCAGCCGCUUUUGCGGAAAGAGUCUGGAGUGAUCCCGACACAAUGAACGACUAUGACGUUUACAGCCGCCUAGUGUCUUUUGUUGACAGGCUGAGAUCCAGAGGUAUAAAGUCUUCAGCGAUGUGGCCGCGCUGGUGCUCACAGAAUCCGGGUAAGUGUUGAUGGGAGUCCUACAUCAUCUGAAUGUCUCACGGGAACUCAUCUUUGACCCAUAUAAACAAUGCGGGCCCUUCCGUUUCCGCAAAAGUUGGAGAGCCUCAUCAAGUGCUUGCGGCAACACACUCAUCGCUCUGUGUGGUGCACGCCCAUCAAAAACAAGAAAACAUUCAGUGUACGAUGGUUAGAGUGGCUAUUGUAAGUGUUGAGUACUAGAAUAACCUUAAUACCGGUCUAUUUAUAUUUUUUAUACAAUUUGUAGAAUAUGUUUAUUAAAAAAACACGAGUUAUUUUCUGGGGGUGGAUAAUGUGGGUGUCAUGGGUUUCUUUUGGGAAUGUCAGAAGCUAUAAGCAUCGUCCGAUUUAAGCCGAUACCGGCUACUGUAAAAGAACUUGCGAAGUAAAAGAUUUUGUGAAAGAUUGAGUCCGGCUUUUGUGUUUGUAAUGUCAGGUAAGCAAGGCUAGAAACGCCAUCACUAAUGAGCAUUGUGCUGUUAGCAAACAAAUGGCGGUUUCUCUGAUCUUGAUGCACAAAAGUUUCAGAUCUGUAUUAACUUCCACUGUUAUGAGCGGGUUGACAAAUCGGUCGACAGAUAAGUUAGUUGGGUUUAAAAAUCAAUUUAUUCGCUAUAUAAAGCAUGGUUUAUACGUUGCGCUAAAUUAACGUAAAAAAAUGAACGCUGUGACCACGUUGAUGACGAUUGGCGUAAUUAAGUUUUAUGUUGGUGGUGCUGGUUGUGAAAUCUAGGUUACACUUUAUUGAUUUAGACUAUGAAAAUAUCGCACGCUUUUUCCCACUUCACAUUGUGGUUGCCCCCUAAAAUUAAAAUGGAUGUCAUAAUCAUGUGACAUGCGAAGGGCUAUAAGACCAACAAUAAUUUGAAUAAUUAUUGAAUGUCAACCACCGUUUAGUUGUUACAUAAUCCCUUUCAGAGGAUAAUAUUGAGAGGGGCUUUAUGAUGGACAGUGACGUGUAUAAGUCUUUAGCACAUCUGUUAAAUAUAAAAAAUAUGAGUAUUAAAUUAGUACGUUUCUAAAGCUUAUUAUAGAUUAUUAUUAUUGAUACUUAUUAUUAGUUCGCUCUAAUAAAACAAUAGCUGGAACAAUUUAGACUAUUAUUUUUAUUAUCAUUAGUUUACCGCUAUUACAUAGUUGGACAUCUCAGAAAUGCAUUCGAUAAUUAAUAUUGCUAUCAUUAUCACAGUAAUUAAUUUGAUGAGACUUAUUUUUCGAAAUCUAGAAAUUCGUAACUGCUUAUCCACAUUGGUUACUACGUUAACCCUUAAGAACUGACACCCGCGUUUAGUGCACUAACACUGACAUGGAGUGUCACAGACUCCGAUUUAAAAAAUUAUUAAUACUUAUUUAAUAAUUAAUUUUGUUAUUGCGGUUUAUAUGUAAGUACUUAAAGAUGAGUUCCAUUAACAAAAACUUGUUCAAAUUACCUGAUAGAAAAAUUUAAAAUAACAUGCAUCAUAACAAUGUAAAUAAAUGACACUUGUUUUGA